UGCACCGGGAGGGAAUCCGAGCGGGCGGGCUUGUCCGACCUAUUUCUGCCCAAUCGGCUCCGGCGCAAGGGCGGAGCAGCAGCUCUCCGCGGGCCUAUCAGUGCCCGAGCUGUGAGCAGACGGGCCUCGUCUCCGCGUGCCUCAUACACGUGAGCCUGAGCUGCUAUUGUACGCCGGCAGGCAACGUGCAGAAGCGUUCCUCUCGCCUGAAAAAACGGCGCACUCACGUUUUCCGUGGAUUACAAGGAAGCUGGAAAAGUCAUGCAGCAGUGCCUGAAUAUUAGAGAAAGCCAAAUUAUGCUCCAACGGAGAGCGCGAGCCUAAGCGCCAUUAACCCCCAGCUUACAGCACAGUUAGCUGUUUCUCAUGGUUUCUUUCCCAUCACCAUGGUGACGCUGAGACUAAUUUACAUAUUUCCUGCUUCUUGUUUGAUUUUUAUUUUUUUUACAAAAAUAAUUGUGGUUGUACCUGUCGGGAAAAACAACACAACCUGCUGCUCCCCUCGAGGUGUGGCACGAGGGGUAGGUGUGUCCUCAUAAAUAAUUUAGGCGAAAAUUGAGAGAUCGGUUAAAGCCGGGCCCCGCCCCUCUCUCGAGGUGUGACGUCACGUGAACUGCCCGUGUCCAUUCCAGCUGAGAGAAAGAGAGAAACGGGAGGAGGAGGAGUACGUCGCGCGGCCCAAACACAGAUCCGAGCCCGUGCGCCCGUGACUGGAUCCACCGGAUGGAAAAAAAAAAAGUACAGACAGAAAGAGGAAACGACCCCCUCCAGCCUCUCCAACCACCCCCUCCCCACCGAGGGACAGCAGAGCGCGACAGCAGAGAAGCAGCAAUACAACUUGUCAUCUGACCACGUACAGCUCGCGUCGCUGGCUGUUUUUUUUUAAUGCUCCUCUUUCUCCACGACAGUUUUGUUUUGACGGAGGAAGUCUCUCUCUGCGAUCUUCUUUCAUUAUUAUAAGUAUUUCUUUUUAAAUUACCGCACCACUAACUCGGGAUAUCGCUCUUCAAGUUUUUACUGCAAUAUUUUUUCGUGUGUGUGCGGAAUUUUCACGCCUUUGCAGUUUUAUUAUGGACAGUAUUCCUAAUCAGAUGGUCUGACUGUCCCUCCCACACUGUUCUCCGAGAAUAACAGCUUCAUCUACAACAUCCAAAGGCAAUGGAGUACUUCGAGGAAAAUAUUUUUGCAGGGAAAUAAAGAACUCUUUAUAUCUACAAGUGAAAGCCACAGUCAUCCAGCCUGCUUGUCCCAUUGGUAGGUACUCCUGUCAGCUCGCCUAGCCCUUUCAAGUGCCCCAGGUGUGUUUCUGCGACCCGUCUGGUCCAGGAUGUCCAGGCAACUCUCCCAGCUUCCGACCCCAGACCUCCCAGCUGGGGCAAGCCCACAGUUUGGAAGCUGUACUCAACCUGGAGGCUCCCUGACAGGGGGGCACCUCAACUCUAUGGCAGGUCUGAAAUCCCUCCUGCAGCACCCCAUGAAAGGAGACCAGCGUUUAAAGAACCCAUGUGAUUCGAAAGACAAAGACAGACUGGACCUCGAUGAGGACUCCUUGGGAGUGUGCCCAAUGAGGAAUGGAAGUGGAAUAGUCAACAGUAAUAGCAGUAAUGGCUGUGGAGGAGGUGGAAAUGGAGGAGGAAACUUCAACCAGUUCCUGGGGCCUCUUUUGUGGGAUCGCACUGUGCCUGCGGAUGGGGGCCUCUUCCAGCUUCAGUAUAUGGACUUGGAGGAGUUUCUAACUGAAAAUGGAAUGGGCAGUAUGCACAACAACAAUAACAACAACAGCUCCUGUUCAGCCCAGAUUCCCUCACAGAGCCCGCAGUCAGCUGUGCCCAACCAGAGCUCCCAGUGCCUACCACCCUCAUCCCCACCUGGAUCUUCAUCCUCACCACCUUCUACCUCUUCUUCUCCAUCUCUCAUCGGUCUGGAGGUGGCUCAGCCACAGAAUCUUCCAGGAGGAACUGACUGCCUGCAUGGGAGUCAAAGGAGAAUGAAUGACUCCUGUGAGUCACCCUCUUCUUCCUCUUCAUCCUCCUGUCCGCCUCUGCUCACACCCACUGGGAAUGGGCCAGAUGUGAUUGGAAUGUUUGACAUGGAUUCUUCAGACAUGGCUAUGUCCAACACGUCGGAAGAGCAGAACUUUGAUCCGCGAAGGCACUCCUUCAGCGAGGAUGAGCUCAAGCCCCAGCCAAUGAUCAAGAAGGCACGCAAGAUCCUGGUACCCGAUAACAUGAAGGAUGAGAAGUACUGGAGCAGGAGGCACAAAAACAAUGAAGCGGCAAAGCGCUCCCGGGAUGCUCGCCGUCUCAAGGAGAACCAGAUAUCAGUGCGCGCCGCCUACCUGGAGCGAGAGAACGCCGCCCUCCGACAGGAAGUGGCCGAGAUGAGGAAGGAACUGGGCCGGUGUCGUAACAUACUUAGUAAAUACGAAAACCGUCUCGCUGACCAGUGAUGGCAGCGCGGAGAAGAAUUAGGACGAGGAGAAAUAUAAGCUGGAUUCAAUCUAAGACUCUGAAUUUCUGGGGUAACCUGAUGGACAUAAAGGGGGUCAAGCUGAUUAUGAUUAUAAUGAUGAUGAUGAUGAUGUUGAUGAUGAAUGUAUAAGACGAGGAGAAGGUUUGUGCAUUGAAGCUCAGGUGUCUUGUUUCGUUGAGGUGUCGGCUCUUAAAAGUGGCGGACAGAGAGAAUAAUUUAACAGAUGAAAGAUGUGACUUUUAAGAGUUUUGUUAUUGGAGAAUUGUAUAUUUUUAUAAUACUUCAGAAAAAUUAGAGGGAGAGCAAAUUACAGAAUAAUUUUGUAUAUUUUCUACAUGAUGGGGACACAGAGAUGGGGGAAAGCUGCGGUAAAUAUCUUUUUAUCAUAGUUGAGUCAGGAGAUGCUUAACAGGUUGUCAGCCAUCGAUGGUUUUGUUUUUGUUUUUUUGUGUUUAUAAUUAUAGCCAGGAUGCAGCAGCAGGGUUGAGAAGGCAUGUAACAAUUGUAAUAUAGAGAGCAAAAUUAUCUUAAAGACGUGUAGUUCGACAUUUUGUGGAUUUUAUUCAAGCACUUAAUUUGUUUCCUUUUAUGUUUCUGUCACUGGGGAUGCUUGAGGGAGACAGAAUGAGAGACACUAUGUAUACAGCCCAGCUCUAUCCUCUUGGCCAGUCUUGUAUAUUAUUUUCUAUUAGAACAACGUCACCCCCCUUCCCCCUUCUAACAAUAUUAGCUCUUUUUACCUUGGUUUUACCUUUAUGAGACUGGUACAUCUUCCUCUAGCCCAUAUUUCUGUGUAUUGCUCUUUUACUUUUUCACUAUCCCAGUGGAAGUGCUUUCAAUCUGCUCUGGUGUUUUUAGAUAUUUCCCGAGCCUGUGGAAGCCUGUUGUGAUGCCCUGGGUAACUCUGCUCCUCUUCAUCCUCUCUUUGAAUUGCUCCCCUGUUUCUAUAUCCGAUGUCUCUAUUUCUGUCUGCUCCCACUUGCAGGCAGUCCUUUGACAGUUAUGUGCAAACUCUUCCCAAUGCAUUUUGUCUUUGUGACUCUCUUGCACCUGAAAGGUGCACAGAGCAGUUCAAUCUCAGUGUUGUAACAUAUUCUGCAGUAGUAAUCAAUCGUCCCUGUAAAAACACACGUUGUUACUUUACUGAACACACUUUAAUUAGCAUUAUUACAGGGGUGUGGUGGGGGGAAGGGAGGGGAAUUGUUGUGUAUAUUGGAUAGGCCUCUACUAUUUUGUGUAUUUGAUGUAUUCCAGGAGAUGGGUUGAGUACCCCCAUUGAGUGGAAUGUGUUAAUUUCUCAGAUUUCUGGGAGAAAUAAAAGCCAAAAUGUUGAUCCUAUGUCGAUCCACGAAACUUGUUGCUAUUUAGUGCUUUUUCAAUCCUGUUAUUGCUCCUUCCUUUUUACUGUAUCUAUGAACUUCUCUGUGUACCCAACAACACCUACACAGGGGCAUGGUACACUAUGUUAUGUUCCGUGGGGGAGGGACGACUAGUAAUAGUGUGAUUUUAAUCCUCCAAUGACCAUGAUGAGUAGUUACCAUUACAACUAUUAUUAUUGUUAUGAUUAUUAUGAUUAUCCCUCUUAUUGUUGUUGUUCUGUAUUACUGAAUGUUUUUUUUUUCUUUCUUUGGAUGAUCUGUUGCACCUUGAAACAUCUUUGAUCUUCAGUGUUCCUCAGAAAGACUUUUCAAAUGGAAAAACAAAACAAAACAACCCCAGUCUCGGCUAUUUGCACCUGUCUUCGGACCCACAUCUAUCCACUUCUUCUACAGAGACUUUUGUUUUCUUUGACCGGGGAUUUCACAAACGUGGCUCAGUAACUUGAACAUGAUGUUCACUCAGACCAACUUGACCUUUCAUCAUGACCGUUUUCUCACCUGUGCAUGGACUGUGCACACUACUGAUACGCUCCUUGUUGGUUUAUCUGCCUUUAUCACCUCAUUCAGUGAUUGUUUGCUCUCCUAACAGGAUUUUAGUCUCCUGUAUCUUCACCGAUGUGGUUGAUAACUCUUAUAGUGACUCUUAACUGAUCAACUGCCCUGCUGCAUCAGUAGUGUCGAUGAUGCCCAGCCCACCAGUCAGUGCUGGUUGUUUGGAUGUAGUAUGAGAUUUCCUCCCCCCCCCCCAAAAAAAAAAAACACAAAUAAAAG